UCUGAAUCUUGAAAAGCUCUAUGUCCUAGGCACUAAUUGUGUGGACAAUGGAAAAAGGGAAGGACUUGACAAGUUUCUAAAAGCAGCUAGUAAGGAGCCAGAGACUGUUCUCCAUUAUGAGUUUAUGCAAGAUUACAAGGUCCAACUUAAACACUUGGACGGACACAUUGAAGAGGUUCCCUAUUUCUCUCUACCAGCAAACGAUUUAGUUGAUGUCAUAGCUCCAUCUUGUUAUAGCUGCUUUGAUUACACAAAUGCAUUAGCAGAUUUGGUUAUCGGUUAUAUGGGUGUUCCCAAGUAUCCAGGUGUGAACAUGACUGACCAUCCGCAGUAUAUUACAGUGAGGAAUGAGCGAGGGAAAGAAAUGCUAAGCUUAGUAGAAAACCUUUUGGAGAUCUCUCCGACAAUCAGCAGCGGUGAUCGACGACCUUUUGUGACAGAGACCGUUAAGGCAGACGAUGCUGCUAAGUUUGGUCGAGGUCCUUCUCAGCCGGCGCCAAUUUUUGUUGGAAACAUUAUCGCAUUCAUCCUAAGUUUGGUUGGUCCAAAGGGUCUAGAAUUUGCACGGUACUCGUUGGAUUAUCAUACCAUCAGAAAUUAUCUGCAUGUCAACCGCAAAUGGGGAAAACAAAGAGCUGACACUCACAUGCCUUCAUAUUCCAAAAAGAUAGUAGAAAUGUACAACAAAAACGGCCAAAUAGAUCAAAUGCUCUCCGAGAAAUGA